AUGAAGUUCGACUCGGUGUUUGCUAGAACCCGACGCAUGUGGCUCUGGCUUUGGUUCAUUCCAGUCUACGCUGCUGUAGUUAGUGACCUGAACGCGCUUGACCUCAAAGCCCUACUCACGGAUGAGGAUAUUCAUUGGGCAUCUAAUACUUCUAUAUCGUUCCCAGAUGUGGGGGGCUUCGCCAACGUUACUGAACGAUGGACGGUGUUCAAACCCCCAACUUAUCUCGCCGCUAUCAGCCCUGGAGCCGAGGCAGACGUAGUCAAGAGCGUUAAAAUAGCGCGAUCGAAUAAUAUUCCCUUUCUUCCCACAGGUGGCCGCCAUGGCUACAUAACGACCCUAGGGAAUAUUCAAAACGGGCUCGCCAUUGACCUAAGCCACUUUAAUUCUGUAAGCUUAGAUGAUCGCACAGGAACUUUAACAGUUGGCGGGGGCACCCGUGUAAGAGAUUUCUUAGAUAUUGUGUACAAUGCGGGAUUUGAAGUUCCAAUUGGAUCUUGUUCAUGUCCAGGUUACGUUGGGGUUUCGAUCGGAGCCGGGAUCGGAAGAUGGCAAGGCCUCUACGGCUUAGUGACCGAUGCCCUUCUCUCAGUUCGCCUUAUAACUGCGGACGGGCGCCUAGUUGAAGCGUCUGAGGAUACGAAUGCGGACCUCUUCUGGGGCAUCCGGGGCGCCGGUGCAAACUUUGGAAUCAUCACGUCCGCAACUUUCAAGCUUUCGAGGCCUGUCAGUGGCGGUCAGAUUACAAAUUUCGACUUCAUUAUCCCGGCAGAACUAACCAGCGACUAUUUCAACGCUCUACAAUCUUUCAACGGAUCACUGCCAUCUAAGCUUGCGACGGUUACUGCAAUAGAGUACAAUGAAACCAUUGGCGAGCCACAGGUAAUGGCUAACUGGGUGUACAUGGGCCCCAAAGCUGAAGCCAUGAAAGCAGUUGUGCCAAUAUUAAAUCUCAAACCUCCUAUUACCCAGAUCACGAACGUGUCUUGGAAUAAGUUCCUAUAUGUUGCUGGGUUCGGAAUGGAUGUGGGCCUUUGCGAUAAUGGUUUGGCCCGUCGCAUCUACUCAGCUAACGUGCUAAAUCUCUCUGCGCCAACCUACGAUAUGGCGUUUAAGAAGAUGACUACGUUUUUCAACGACUACCCUUCGGCACGUGGUAGUGCUGUCACAUUUGAGAUAUUUCCCAAUCAAGCAAUGUCAUCUGUGCCUAACAACGCAACUGCAUACCCUUGGAGAGAUGCCCUGGGCAACAUGAUAAUCCAAUUCAUCUGGUCGGGUCAAGCCUCUAGCGACCUCGAUGGAAGAACAAGCGUCCUAGGCCGUGAGCUUCGCGAUGACUUUGUAGCGACCUCAGGUUACCCCGGCCUCUCUGUUUAUGUCAAUUAUGCAUAUGGAGAUGAGACGAUUGAGCAGAUUUACGGGUCAGAGAAACUACCCCGUCUUGCUGCAUUGAAAAAGACGUGGGAUCCUGAUAAUGUCUUCGCGUACAAUAUCCCCCUACCAACGGAAUACCCCUAA